CGGUCUCCCGCGCCCGGCGCCUCAUCCCAUCUCAUGCAUGGCUGCCAGUGAUGGUCUACUGGGUGUCAGCUUUUAUUGGCACGACACGAAGCAAGUGCCAGGGACUUGGUGCAUCAUCGGCUGACUCCCCGGGCAGAGACGGGCCUCCGGAUAAAAAGCGAGCAAAAAAUGCCCGGGGCGACCAGAGAAGAGGCAUAAUAAGACAUGUUAGGCUGGAACGAGGAAGUGCAGUGGAGAGGGGAGGGACCGAGGGCGCAGCUCCAUGGGGCCGCCGCGGCGCUUCGCACUUCAGCACAUGGAGCUGGGGAGAGUUGGAAGAACUUCAUUUUGCAAACUCAAGGAAUAGCAGAGUACCUGCAUCGAAUGGAGACAGAAGAGGCCCAGGAAAUGUCCCAGAUGCCAGGCCGGGACAGCCCUCCCAUGAACGACGCGUCUGAGGAGGCGGACGAGCCCAUGGCCAUCCCUGAGGACCUGUCCGCCAGCUCCACCCACCAGCAGAACAACAGGGGGGACAAAGCCUGUAAUAUUAAAGUUGAGGCUCGCAGUGAUGAGGAGAAUGGGCUGGCCUGUGAGGUGCAUGGCGAGGAGGAGGAGUGUGCGGAAGACUUGCGCGUGCUCGAUGCCUCGGGUGCCAAAGUGAACGGCUCGCAGGCAGGCCCUGAGUCCAAGGCCUUCUCUUCGGCCGGGGGUAUCCGCCUGCCCAACGGGAAGCUCAAGUGCGAUAUCUGUGGGAUAGUUUGCAUUGGCCCCAAUGUGCUGAUGGUGCACAAGCGAAGCCACACUGGAGAACGGCCAUUUCAGUGCAGCCAGUGCGGCGCCUCGUUCACCCAGAAGGGCAACCUGCUGCGUCACAUCAAGCUGCACUCUGGAGAGAAGCCCUUCAAGUGUCACCUGUGCAGCUACGCCUGCCGCAGGAGGGAUGCCCUCACCGGUCACUUGCGAACCCACUCCGUUGGAAAACCCCACAAGUGUGCGUACUGUGGUCGGAGUUACAAACAGCGCAGCUCUCUGGAGGAGCACAAGGAGCGAUGUCACAACUACCUCCAGUGCAUGGGGUUGCAGAACAGCCUCUACAAAGUAGUAAAGGAGGAAAGCAGCCAGAAAGAGCAGAGGGAAGACUUAAGCCAGACGGGAUCUGACAGAGCCUUGGUGCUAGACAGACUAGCUAAUAAUGUAGCUAAGCGUAAAAGCACUAUGCCACAGAAGUUUGUGGGUGACAAGCGUCUGUCAGAUCUCUCCUUCGAAGGAGGAGCUGGGGAGAUGAUACAGCCCCUCGUCAUUGACCAGGCCAUCAACAGCGCCAUCAGUUACCUCGGGGCCGAGUCUCUGCGGCCGCUAGUGCAGACUUCCCCGGCCUCCUCCGACGUGGCCCUGAGCUCUAUGUUCCCCCUGCAUAAACCCGGGUCCGACGGCCACGCAGGGAUCCCCCAAAACCUGUCGGCCAAGGACAGCGCAGCCGAGAACCUGCUCCUGCUCUCCAAGUCCAAGUCGGCCUCCAGCGAGAAGGACGGCUCGCCGAGCCACAGUGGCCAGGACUCCACCGACACGGAGAGCAACAACGAGGAGCGCCCGGCCGGGGGACCCUCCGGUCUCAUCUACCUGACCAACCACAUCAACGCCGGGGUCCGAAACGGCGUGCUGCCCCUGGUGAAGGAGGAGCAUCAGAGGCAGUACGAGGCCAUCCGCGCCAGCAUGGAGAUGGCCUCCGAGGGCUUCAAGGUGAUGACCGCCGACGGGGAGCAGGUGAGGGCCUAUCGGUGUGAACACUGCCGCAUUCUCUUCCUGGACCACGUCAUGUACACCAUUCACAUGGGCUGCCACGGCUUCAGAGACCCCUUCGAGUGCAACCUUUGCGGCCACCGUAGCCAGGACCGAUACGAGUUCUCCUCUCAUAUGACGCGAGGGGAGCACCGCUAACGAGCAGCGCCGGGGCUUGGUAGAGUAAAGGAGAUGUUCAUCAUAUCAGAGAGACAGAGAGACAGACAUACACACAUGUGCACAUACACACACACACGCACACACUCAACACAUCCAAAUGGAGUGAAUUCAUGUGAAUACAUAUUGUAAAAUACACUGUUGAUCUCUGAAAAUUGUGGUUUUUAUACAAAGUAUGCAUGUUUGUAGAGUACAGAUAAAAAAAACAAAAAACAUAUCUGAUUCAUUAGAGAGAAUUAACUCGUUUAUUUUCAUUUUCAUUUCAGUUCCCCAUGUUCAGGGGUAUUAUUCAGGGUAUUAUUUUUUUUCAUGGAAGCAUCUGCAGCCCGUUAAAGACAAAACGACAGAGUUUCUGUGUGUCAGUAAGGGUGGGGGUCUGACUCGUCCGUGCACCGCUGGCUCCUGUACAAAGUGUAUAAAUGCAUCUCCUCUUUUUGAUACCCAGGCAGCAGAUUUCUUUCCAGCGUUUCGAAGUCAAACAAAAGGCCUCUUCGUCCCUACUUCACCGUACCUGCAUGGCGACAUGUCAGGAGGUUGGGGUUUAUUUUGCAGCAAUGCAGGUAAACGCCGAUGAGCGUUGGAUAUUGAACACACCCGUCAGGACUUUUGCAGUUGACUGCAGAUUUCUCAAAACCCGUUAGAGAGAUCCGGCUCCUCGCAAGGUUCAGACCCGUGAUUACAUUUGAGGAAAAAAAAAAAAAGGAUUUUAUUUUAUUUAUACCACAGUGGCAUACCUGUCCGUUUUCCUAUUUAUUGCAGUUGUUUGGUGUUUAUAUCCGUGGAGUAGUUAAACUGCAUCCUUUCACUCUCUCCCCCCACUGUAUUAACCGAGUCUGAGGUUAAAACACGACUGCUGCUGGAAGCCUUUUAUGAUUGUUUGUUCGUUUGUUUUGAUUGACAGAAAAAAAGUGUUCCUGUUUCUCAUUUUAUACCCGAUGACUGAAGAAAAAAAAACCCAAUUGAGCUGUAUGAAGGUUGAAGGGAAUUUUA